AUGUUUAUCGCGUCGGACGAUAACGCUCGCUGCGGCAGCGAUCGUACGCGCGCGGCACGGAGGAAUUCAAUUUACCCGCGCCGCCUCACGGGGGAGAGCGGUCUAAAUCAGAGGUUCGCCGUCGAUAGCAUCAUCAUGUCGGAUGGCGGCGCAUUCGCUUGCAUUCGCAUCACGCCCCCUCGCACCGUCGACCUAGUGCAUCGCACUUGGCAGUGUGCAAGACAAAUCGCUAGCACUUUACCGAGGCCUUCGCAU